AUGACCGACGGUCAUAGUGCUCCCGUGGCUGAUGCCCCAGCGGCCGCUGCAGUGGCCGACAAUACCGCCGCACCCGUAACAGCCGAUGUACGCUCCCAUGCUUUUCAGCACCAUGACACGGCCCCAUCGCAUGAGAAAGAGCCCGGCUCAAUGGGCCGUCUAACUCCCCGGCCAACGUUCCUGGAGAACUUGGCCAGCUCACGAGAUGCGCAAUUCCGACUUGACCGACGGGAUUCCAGUGAAUUGGAUCGAUAUUUUCAUGGCCCUCGCAAUAUGGAAAAACAUUCCAAAUGGCCCAUCUUCAUGCGAAUGCAUGGUAGUGUCAUGCCAAAGAUGAUACUGCCAUUGCUGUUUGUUGCUGCUUGGUCGACUUUGAUUACGUUGAUCUCGCGAUUUGUUCACUCUCUUGGUAUCAACAAUAUCCUGCUCACCGUGCUGGGUUUCGUGGUGGGCUUGGCUCUGUCCUUCCGCAGUUCCACUGCAUAUGAGAGAUGGGCCGAUGGACGCAAGUACUGGUCUCAGCUUAUUCAGACAUCUCGCAACCUUUCACGAACAAUUUGGAUCAACACCGGCGAAAGAGAAGGCGAGGCUGGGAAGGAAGAUCUUUUGCGAAAACUCUCUGCCUUGAACCUUCUUUUGGCUUUUGCCGUCGCCCUGAAGCACAAGCUUCGAUUCGAGCCCGAUAUUGCUUACGAGGAUCUGGCUGGUCUUGCUGGACACUUGGACACAUUUGCCCGUGAUGCCCAUGACCGCAGCGUUGUCAACCCCCCUGCCAAGUCCACUUGGAAGUCGGCAGGUGAGUAUCUUGGUGUCUCUUUUGCCGAGUCGAAUCCCCGCAAGUUGGUCAAGAGGUCCAAGAAGCCGGUGGGACAUCUCCCCUUGGAGAUUCUCAACCAUCUGUCCGCAUAUAUCGACUCGUGUGUUGCCAAUGGAACCCUUGUAUCGGCUUUGCACCAGGGACAAGCUAUUACCAUGAUGGCCACCUUGAACGAAGUUUUGACUGGCACAGAACGUGUUUUGGACACGCCUCUGCCAACCGCGUAUUGUAUUGCCAUCUCUCAAAUCGCAUGGAUCUAUAUCCUGGUGCUUCCAUUCCAACUGUACACUGCUUUGGAGUAUAUCACCAUCCCCGCUUCCAUUGUUGCCGCUUAUAUUAUCCUCGGAUUGGCUACAAUUGGCAGCGAGAUCGAAAAUCCCUUUGGUCAAGAUGUGAACGAUCUUCCCUUGGAGACGUAUUGUCGUCAAAUCGCAGUGGAAAUCGAUAUCAUUACUGCCACGCCGCGACCAAAUGUCAAUGAUUUCAUGGAACGUGCCGAAAACCUCGUUCUCUUCCCUCUCAGCCAGAUGGGAUAUCCUGACUGGAAGGAGCGAAGCGUGGAGGAUAUUCGCAGUGCUCUCCGGACAAAAGUGGUUGUCAGCCCCUUGGCUCCGGGUUCAGAUUCAUCUACCAUCGUGGAGAAUAUUCGCACCAAGUCCUCUGGGUCUGUAUCUGUCUGA